AUGGUCCUCGGAAGACUACUCCAUUAUGGCGUUGACGCCGUUCUGCUCUCUACAGUAGUCGCAGGCAUCAGACGGUCUAGUGGCUUCACGCCACAGACUGAGUCUAUCGCAGACCCCACCAUACGAUCCGUUGCAGAACGGUAUCUUGGAAUUGGAGAGACCAUCUUCGACGUGGUACAGGCGACCGUGGUUAACAGCCAGUAUUUCAAACGCGAUGGGCAGUGA